AUGGGGGCUCUGGAAGUGGCGGAAGUUUCCUUUCUAAGCUCGAAAACCGACGACCAACGCAAAGUGGUUGAGAUGAUGUCGGCCUACCCUGGAGACCAGUGUGUGGUGCAAACACUUCAAGAGGCAUCACCCAUGCCUCUGGCCGCAGCUGCUGCCACCACUCCGGCACGUAGUGACAGCCACUGCAUCGGUGGGCAGUUCCUCGCAGCACUCGCCUCAUCAGGGGGCACCGCUGGGCAACACCAGAACAUACGCGACAUGGACAUCAUCCACGUAGACACCUUUGUACACUACCUCUCACAUAACCAAACAGUUACGGGACGCAGGUGCAGUGGUGUGAUCGACAACUACGAGACUGCGGAGGGGGUGUCGUUGCCACGGAGCACUUACAACCACUACCUGCGGCACUGCGGGGAACACAAGCUGGAACCCGUCAAUGCCGCUUCCUUUGGAAAGCUCAUCCGUUCCGUUUUCCUCGGCUUGCGCACACGACGCCUUGGCACUCGGGGCAACUCCAAGUACCACUACUAUGGCAUCCGGGUGAAGCCCAACUCGCCACUCAACCAGAUCUCGGAGGAAGUGACCACCACUGCUCUGCGGCAGCAGUCAGCGACACAGGCGAAAAGAUUUCGACUGAGUGGGGCCAAGUCUGGCCUGUCGGACACGCCCGAGUCUGGUGCAGCCGUCCCAAGCCAAGGGCAGGCAGCCGAUGCGCCAGGGUCCACUUCGAGUGCAGCACCACCCGUUGCGGCACAGCAACCUGCUCAGCAGCAUCUGCAGUUUCUGGGCGAUGCCUGGGCCGUUCCGGUGCUCGCCGAGGUGGACUUCGGCAAGCCCCUUCCCGACGGGCUCUCCAAGAAGGACCUCGAGGCAUUCCGGCGGCUCUACCAGGACCACUGUGAUGCCUUCUUGGAGGCUGUGAUGAACCUGCACUUUUCGACUGUUGAGUCCCUGUGGCAAGACCUGUGGGGAAGUGCCAGCAGUGACUGCGGGGAGCAGGAGAAAGGCCUGAGCCAGUCUAAGCUGCGCUUGCUGAGCAAGUGUGAGGCUGUGCAGAAGUUUGUGCAGCAUGCCGACUACCAGUUCUACCAGAACCUGGUGGACGUCCUCAUCCCCGACGUCCUACGGCCCAUUCCCAGCUCCUUGACUCAGGCCAUCCGAAAUUUUGCCAAGAGCCUCGAGGGCUGGCUGACCUCGGCCAUGCAGGGCUGUCCCGAGGACAUGGUCAAGAUCAAGAUUGGGGCUGUGAGUGCUUUUGCACAAACCCUGCGCCGAUACACCUCGCUCAACCACCUGGCGCAGGCAGCACGGGCUGUACUCCAGAACUCAUCCCAGAUCAACCAGAUGCUCUCUGACCUCAACCGGGUGGACUUCCACAACGUCCAGGAGCAGGCAUCGUGGGUGUGCCAGUGUGAGGACAGCUUAGUGCGUCAGCUCGAGCAAGACUUCAAGCUGACCCUCCAGCAGCAGACCUCACUCGAGCAGUGGGCCGCCUGGCUUGACAGCGUCGUUGGCCAGGUGCUCGAGCCGUUCCAAGGACGGCCCGAGUUGCCCCGUGCUGCUCGACAGUUCCUGCUCAAGUGGUCCUUCUACAGCUCGAUGGUAAUCCGUGACCUGACGUUGCGGAGUGCGGCCAGCUUUGGGUCGUUCCACCUGAUCCGCCUCCUGUACGACGAGUACAUGUUCUACCUGGUGGAGCACCGAGUGUCCAAGGCCACGGGAAAGACACCCAUUGCCGUCAUGGGAGAGUUCCUGGGCAUGGGAGCCAAGGGAGCCUCCUACAGUGCACUGAGCUGUGACGUGGUUGUUGAAAAUGGCUCGUCGCCAUCCUCGUCUUCGACCAGCUCGACACGUCCAACCUCGGCCGGGUACAGCAUGGUUCUGGCCAAUGGCUGGCCAGCCACCAUCGUGAGUCAGGCACCAAUGGUGGAAAACGAAAGCUCUCCAGCCAAGAAGCUCAAGAGUGUCUAGUCAGUGGAAGGUGUCGCCAGCUAGGAACCGCUGUGGCCUCAAUCACGUGGCUUCUGGAGGAAGCACGCCUUGUCAAAUUUCAUGUCCUAAUUUUCUUACUGGUGAAAAAAAAAAAAAAGACUCCUGUUUUUAUCGCCUGAAGGAGGUGAUGAAUUAAGAUAGUUGUGUCGCUGUCAUUCUUGAGAGAGCAAGUUCCACGCCAUCGUUUGCUGCCUGAUUCGCAGGUCGGUUCAGUGUGACUGCAAGCUGAGGCCAGAAACUGGCUGCAUGAACAGUUGGCAAGGAAAGACUCUGAGCUGCCUUUCUGCCCGAGG